AGCGCAGCGCGGAGACACAGGGAGCUGCGCCACUGACAGGCCAGGAACGGGAAGGAGCAGAGGCACGAGCGCAGGAUCCGAGGCACGAGCGCAGCCGUUGCAGCCCGGAGCACGGGGACCCGCCGCAGACACUUUCCCACCAUCUGUGGAGCACAGCGGACGCACGGCAAUAACCCUCACCGGACGGGGAGAGGACUUUGGCUCGCCUCCCAAAAAAAAAAAAAAUCCUGUCAGCCGCGUGAAGAAAACCUUAACGGGCAGCGUAGAGGACGCGGCGCUCGGUAGCUCAGCUGUCCGGUAGCUACGCGAACGUGAACGCACAGAUUUCGGCGGACGACCUCUCACACCACUCUUUAUAUAUAAAGUAGAGACAGUUUGGACAUCCUCCCUGCUGCGUUCCGGGCAGUGAAGCUGUGCUGGAAGGAGCCACCGGUCCGCCAUGGAGAACGCGCACACCAAGAGCGUGGAAGAAGUUUACAGUUAUUUCUGCGUCAACGAGAGCACCGGACUUUCCCUGGAGGAGGUGAAGCGGCAGAAGGACAAAUGGGGCCUAAACGAGCUACCAGCAGAAGAAGGCAAAUCUCUGUGGGAGCUUGUCCUUGAGCAGUUUGAAGAUCUGCUGGUUCGAAUUCUUCUCCUUGCUGCGUGCAUAUCGUUUGUCCUGGCCUGGUUUGAGGAGGGAGAAGAAACAAUCACAGCGUUUGUGGAGCCUUUUGUGAUUCUGCUCAUUCUCAUAGCCAACGCCAUCGUGGGAGUGUGGCAGGAACGCAACGCUGAGGACGCCAUCGAGGCCCUAAAGGAGUAUGAACCCGAGAUGGGGAAAGUGUACAGGCAGGACAGGAAAACUGUGCAGAGGAUCAAGGCCAGAGACAUCGUUCCUGGGGACAUCGUGGAGGUGGCUGUUGGAGACAAGGUGCCUGCUGACAUCCGCAUCUGUUCAAUCAAAUCAACGACUCUGCGGGUUGACCAGUCCAUCCUGACAGGUGAAUCCAUCUCUGUCAUCAAGCACACGGACCCUGUACCUGACCCACGUGCAGUAAAUCAGGACAAAAAGAACAUGCUCUUCUCUGGCACCAACAUCGCAGCUGGGAAGGCUGUGGGUGUGGUGGUGGCGACUGGAGUAAACACGGAGAUCGGGAAGAUUCGUGACGAGAUGGCGGCCACAGAGCAGGAGAAGACGCCACUGCAGCAGAAGCUGGACGAGUUUGGCGAGCAGCUAUCCAAAGUCAUUUCUGUCAUCUGCAUUGCUGUGUGGAUCAUCAACAUCGGUCAUUUCAACGACCCCGUGCACGGCGGCUCCUGGAUCCGCGGGGCUGUCUACUACUUCAAGAUCGCCGUUGCGUUGGCGGUAGCGGCCAUCCCUGAAGGGCUUCCUGCUGUCAUCACCACCUGCCUGGCGCUUGGCACUCGCCGGAUGGCCAAAAAGAAUGCCAUCGUCCGAAGCCUGCCCUCAGUGGAGACCCUGGGCUGCACCUCUGUCAUCUGCUCUGACAAAACUGGUACCCUGACCACCAACCAGAUGUCCGUCUGCAGAAUGUUUGUUGUGAAUAAAGCUGAAGGGGACAGCUGCUCCCUGUCAGAGUUCACCAUCACUGGCUCCACUUAUGCCCCAGAAGGAGAAGUGUACCAGGAUGGUAAUCUGGUGAAGUGCUCCCAGUUUGAUGCUCUGGUGGAACUGGCGACCAUCUGUGCGCUCUGUAAUGACUCCUCGCUGGACUUUAAUGAGGUGAAGGGCGUGUACGAAAAGGUUGGCGAGGCCACGGAGACGGCGCUGACGUGUCUGGUGGAGAAAAUGAACGUCUUCGACACUGAGGUCCACAGUCUGUCCAUGAUUGACAGAGCCAACGCUUGUAACUCAGUGAUCAAGCAGCUGAUGAAGAAGGAGUGCACGCUGGAGUUCUCCAGAGACAGGAAGUCUAUGUCGGUCUACUGCACCCCAAACAAGUCCCGGUCCUCUAUGGGAAAGAUGUUUAUCAAGGGGGCCCCAGAGGGAGUCAUUGACAGAUGCACCUACAUCAGAGUCGGCAACAACAAAAUUCCCCUCAGCCAAGGCAGCAAAGACAAAAUCUUGUCUGUCAUCCGUGAGUAUGGCACUGGACGGGACACCCUGAGGUGCUUGGCUCUGGCUACAAGAGACAACCCGCCCAAACUGGAGGAUAUGAUCCUGUCCGACACUGCCAGAUUCUCUCAGUAUGAGUCUGACCUCACCUUUGUCGGCUGUGUUGGCAUGCUGGACCCCCCCAGGCAGGAGGUGGCUGCCUCCAUCAAGCUGUGUCACCAGGCUGGCAUCCGCGUCAUCAUGAUCACAGGGGACAACAAGGGCACAGCUGUGGCGAUCUGCCGCCGCAUCGGCAUCCUGACAGAGGACGACGAUGUGGAGCAGAUGGCCUUCACCGGCCGCGAGUUUGAUGAGCUGUCACCCUACGCCCAGCGGGAGGCCGUGACCCGGGCGCGCUGCUUCGCCCGCGUUGAGCCCUCGCACAAGUCCAAGAUUGUCGAGUACCUGCAGGGGUUCGAUGAGAUCACCGCCAUGACGGGAGACGGCGUGAACGACGCACCAGCUCUGAAGAAAGCGGAGAUCGGCAUCGCCAUGGGCUCGGGCACCGCUGUGGCCAAGUCCGCCUCAGAAAUGGUUCUCGCUGAUGAUAACUUCUCAUCUAUAGUGGCUGCUGUAGAAGAAGGCAGAGCCAUUUACAACAACAUGAAGCAGUUCAUCAGAUAUCUUAUCUCCUCCAACGUGGGUGAGGUCGUCUGCAUCUUCCUGACUGCGGCUCUGGGCUUUCCCGAGGCUCUGAUCCCGGUCCAGCUUCUCUGGGUCAACUUGGUGACAGACGGCCUCCCUGCCACCGCCCUCGGGUUCAACCCACCAGAUCUGGAUAUCAUGGAAAAACCACCCCGCAACGCCAAGGAGGCACUGAUCUCUGGCUGGCUCUUCUUCAGAUACCUGGCCAUAGGAGGUUAUGUGGGUGCCGCCACCGUGGGAGCAGCUGCCUGGUGGUUUAUAGUCUCUGAGGACGGUCCACAGCUCACCCUGUACCAGCUGAGUCACUACCUCCAGUGCAGCCCGGAAAACCCAGAGUUCGAGGGCCUGGACUGCCAAGUCUUUGAGUCGCCCUACCCCAUGACCAUGGCCCUGUCGGUUCUGGUCACGAUUGAGAUGUGCAAUGCUCUAAACAGCCUCUCAGAGAACCAGUCCCUGCUGCGGAUGCCUCCCUGGGAAAACAUUUGGCUGCUGGGGGCCAUCUGCCUCUCCAUGUCCCUUCACUUCCUCAUCCUUUACGUGGAGCCUCUACCCGUCAUCUUCCAGAUCACCCCCCUUGAUAUGACCCAGUGGAUGAUGGUGCUGAAGAUCUCCCUCCCUGUCAUCCUGCUGGACGAGCUGCUAAAGUUUGUGGCCAGGAACUACUCUGAAUUUGCAAAGGCCAAGUAAGCCCAACUCUCUGCUAAAACUGCUUGCAAAAUCUUUGGGUUUGGUUUUUGUGGUGUGCAUGUGUGUUUUGGGCAGCACAUUUUACAUGAGCUGCAUGCUACAAUGUGAUACCAUGACAAGAGGUUCAAUAAGUCCAUAAAUCACUGUAGAACGGCCACAAAUGAAUGUCCGAUGGAAACCAGGCGGUCCCGACUCAUCAGUCCUUCCUGCCUCCUGCAUGAAGAGUCGUAGAUGAAACUGUCCUCAUGCCGUCUUUGUAGGCUAAGAUCUUAGAACGUGUUUGUUAUUCCAUGCCGCAUGUCUGCUCAGUCAACCAUCUGUUUACCAGACUCUUUAAAAAAAAAAGAAAAGAAAAAAGACGGUGUAUAGUGAUAAUAAUUAGACAUUUGUCAAAUAGUUCAAUAGGCUCAAUGAAAUCAGUUUUCCUAAGGAUGUACUUUGAGAGAUAAAAAGAAAAAAUCAAGCACACUUUCUCUGCUCUGCACUGAGAUGUGCAAUGUGAUUAGAGAAGGUUUUGCCAUAUCUGGAAAGGCGGACGUGCAUUAAUGAUUGUUUUACUAUGAAACCGGUCAGAUGUCACUCCACCCAUUUUUUUUUGGCCAAACUGCUGUACUGUAUUUUUAAACGAUUGUACAACGUAUCACAUGAACGGUUUCAGGUAAAUAAAACUGUCAUACAUGAGGACUUUA